AUGGUUGAGCCCGUCUCGCUGUCCAUGUCCAUCAAGCGCAAGCCCGCGGUCGCCGUCGCCGCCGCCGGCUUCGAGAAGGCGGCGGCCGAGCCGAGCGCGUCCGCCGAGGAGGUCUUCGAGGUGGACGGCGGCCACGUCGGGAAGAAGGCCGCCGAGCUGGCCACGGGCGAGGCGUACGAGAGCAUGCCGAUUGAGGAGUUUGGCAAGGCGAUGCUGCGGGGCAUGGGGUGGAAGGAAGGGGAGGGCAUCAACGGCAAGGCGGAGGUUGUGCCGGUGGAGUACGUGCCGCGGCCGCAGCUGCUCGGCCUCUCGGCCACACCGGCGGCGGAGGCGGGCGGCGGCGGCAAGGGCAAGAAGUUCAUCAAGCCGGGCGAGUCGCGGGAGCCGAAGAAGGACAUGAUCUACAUCGACAAGGAGACGGGGAAGCAAAAGUGGGUAAAAAAGGUGGGCGAGGAGCUGGUGGAGCGCGGCGCGACGGGCUUCGCGGCCGGGGCGCCCGUCGCCAUCCCCGCGCCGCGCCCGUGGGUGCGGGAGCACAUCCGCGUGAGAGUGGUGGACAAGCGGCUCGAGGGCGGCGCGCUCUACAACAAGAAGGGCAGCGUCGUGGACGUGAGCGGCGCGCAGACGCUCUCGCUGCGGUUGGACGACCCGCCCGGCCGGCUGGUGGAGGGCCUCUCCACCUCCGCCGUCGAGACGGUGCUGCCGAAGCAGCGCGGCGCCCCCGUGCUCAUCCUCGCCGGCGAGCACAAGCUGCGGCGCGGGCAGCUGUACGAGCGGCGCACGAAGGAGGCGCGCGCGGUGGUGCGCCUUACCGGCGACUUCUCGCUCGUCGAGGUGAGCUUCGACGACGCGGCCGAGUGGGUCGGCCCCGACGAGGAGUUCGAGUAG